AUUCGAGUUCCAGCAAAAGGCAGCAGCAGCUUGAGCCAGCCAGGUAUUCAAGUCUCGUUUCCAUUCAGGUGUGUUAUGUGGUCUUGGAUUGAGUAACAAAUUCACAAUUUUUGUGCUCUGGAAAUAAGCAUUCUUGUAAAUCUACCAAUAGUCGUGCCUUUUUUUGCGUUCCCAUCUUCCAGUUGCUUUUUCUGCAUUAGCCACAAAAAUAGUCAUCUCUAUACCGUGAAAUAAAUUUCAAGAGAGAUUUACAAAAAAAAAGUAAUAAGAGUUAGACGACAGUGUGAGAGAGAUAGAACGUGUUUUGUGCUGUAAAUCUUGUUUUUUGACCAACUGAGAACUGUCUGGGGAGAAGAACAAGAUCACAAAAGGAGAGAAUACCCAGUGAAUCAGUUUGAAAACGGACACAGCACAGAAAGGGUAGCUCAUCUAGCAGAUUGUGGUACAUCAGUGCAGAGUUUUUUUUGUGUUACGAAAGAAUCUAAUGAGAAUAUCUGCCGAGGGAAGAGAAAAAGUGAGGAAAAGUGCUUAAAGAUUGUGAAGAAAAAAUAAUUUAAAUAAGAAUUUUGAGCGCAUCAUAGUGAAGAUCAGUGCUUGGAUCCCAGCGUCAGUGUUGGUUAGCGAUCAAUUGAUCGCGUGCUUUUGAGAAUACAAGUGAAUGUGGCUCCGUGUGGACGGAGUGUGAGGCAGAGUAGAGGCAAAAAGAGGUGAAGAUCCAGAGACAAGUACACAAUGUCAGCAGAAAGUCAACGCAAUGCAGUGGAUUCUGUGGAGGCGCGAAAGAAGCCACGCUUAUGUCAUGUGGUCAAGCGCGAGGACUUCGAUGGCUAUGGCUUCAAUCUGCACGCCGAGAAGGGCAAGCCCGGCCAGUAUAUUGGGAAGGUGGAUGAGAAUUCACCAGCUGAGAUGGCAGGAUUGCGCCAGGGAGACAGAAUCAUCGAGGUGAACGAUGUGAACAUUGGCACCGAAACCCACAAACAGGUGGUUCAGCGCAUCAAAGCCAAUCCCAACGAGGUAACUCUCUUGGUAGUGGAUCCGGAAGUCAUUGAGGUAACCAAGGACAAUCAAAUUGUCACGGAAACUGAGUCAAAUAGCGAUUUGAAAGAAGAGGAGAGUCCAAAGGUGGAAGUGGAGAAAGAGGAGCACAAGGAGACCAAGGAGCACAAGAAUCAUGAACCGAUGAGUCCUGUGGAACCCAAAACACCCGUAAGCAACAACAGCAGUCCUCCUGAGACCAAGAAAUCCACCACAAAUGGCACGACGCCCAAAGCUGACACCAAUUCCGUAAGUAGCGGGGGAUCAACGGGCAGUGCUUCACGGGAGAGUGGUGGACUCAAUCUUCAAAUGACUGCUGCUGAACUGAGGGCAAAAUUGGCUGCCCGCAAGAAGUACGACCCCAAGAGUGAGACGGUAGAUAUUAAAAAGAAAUUCGACAUCAUUCAGAAGUUGUAGGACUCCCUAGCUUUUUUUAAGAUCACCGAAGAUCACUUUUGAGUGGAUUUUCAUGUGUUUUUUCCUCUUUUGUCCUUGUACAUAAAACACUACUGAGGGGAGACAAUUUCCCUAUCUCUGGUCCUUCGACCAUUUCCCCCAAAAAAAAUGCACGGAAUUAAACUUUGCAAAAAGAGAUGGCAAGAAAAAGCUUAUGUCGCAUGAUGAAAAUUAUGUAAAUAUCAAUUUUAAGAUGAAUAGAAAGGUUACACUUAAGAAAUAAUUGAUGGAAAAAUGUAGGUGUAACAAUAAAAAAAGAUUUUCUUUAAAAUUAAUUAACAGAUUGUGCCAUUCGUCGAGAGGAAAAACAAGUGAAUUUAAUUAAAUGUUGUAUGUUUAAAAUUGAGAGAUAAAAAGCAGCGAAAGAAAUUGUGGAAUGAGGUGCGGUAAUCAUGUGCAAAAGCAUCAGUAAUUAAUUUGACGAAAAAUAAAGUAUAUAAAAAUUCAAUGUUA